GCAUGUGAAGAAGAAAAAAAGGCAUGUGGAGAAGAAAAAAAGGCAUGUGGAGAAGAAAAAAAGGCAUGUGAAGAAGAAAAAAAGGCAUGUGGAGAAGAAAAAAAGGCAUGUGGAGAAGAAAAAAAGGCAUGUGGAGAAGAAAAAAAGGCAUGUGAAGAAGAAAAAAAGGCAUGUGGAGAAGAAAAAAAGGCAUGUGGAGAAGAAAAAAAGGCAUGUGGAGAAGAAAAAAAGGCAUGUGAAGAAGAAAAAAAAGCAUGUGGAGAAGAAAAAAAGGCAUGUGAAGAAGAAAAAGGCAUGUGAAGAAGAAAAAAAGGCAUGUGAAGAAGAAAAAAAGGCAUGUGAAGAAGAAAAAGGCAUGUGAAGAAGAAAAAGGCAUGUGAAGAAGAAAAAAGGCAUGUGAAGAAGAAAAAGGCAUGUGAAGAAGAAAAAGGCAUGUGAAGAAGAAAAAAAGGCAUGUGAAGAAGAAAAAAAGGCAUGUGGAGAAGAAAAAAAAGGCAUGUGGAGAAGAAGAAAAAGGCAUGUGAAGAAGAAAAAGGCAUGUGAAGAAGAAAAAGGCAUGUGUAGAAGAAAAAGGCAUGUGAAGAAGAAAAAGGCAUGUGAAGAAGAAAAAGGCAUGUGAAGAAGAAAAAGGCAUGUGAAGAAGAAAAAGGCAUGUGAAGAAGAAAAAGGCAUGUGAAGAAGAAAAAGGCAUGUGAAGAAGAAAAAGGCAUGUGAAGAAGAAAAAGGCAUGUGAAGGACUCGAGAACAUAAAGGCAAAAGAUUCUGAAUGCAAAGCGCUAUGUUCUGAGAAAACAAUGCACAGCUCAUCCCCCGUGUAACACCAUCCCUACCGUGAAGCAUGGUGGUGGUAGCAGCAUGCUAUAGGGGAUGCUUUUCAGCAGCAGGGACUGGGAGACUGGUAAGGAUAAGAGGGAACAAUGAAUGGAGCCAAAUGAAGGCAAAUCAUUGAGAAUGUGCUUGAGUGCAAAUGACCUUAAAGUGGGGCAAAGAUUUGCGUUCCAACAGGACAAUGACCCCUAGCAUUCAGUCAAAGCAAUGCUGGAAUGGCUUCAGAACAAGAAUGUGAACGACCUUGAGUGACCCAGCCAAAGCCCAGACUUGAAUUACAUUUUUAAAAAUCUGUGGAAAGACUGCAAUUCACCGCUGCUCCCCAUCUACCUUAAUAGAGCUUAAGAAAAUCUGCGUGGAGGAAAGGAGAAUAUCCCCAAUUCAGAUGUGCAAAGCUGAUACAGACAUACCCAAGACGACUCAAGGCUGUAAUCGCCACCAAAGGGGCUUAUACAAAGUAUUGACUCAGGUGUGUGAAUACUUGUGCAAAUUAGAUUUCUAUACUGAAAUCAAAUAUAAACGCAACAUGUAAAGUGUUUGUUUCAUGAGCUGAAAUAAAAGAUCCCAGAAAUAUUCCAUAAUCACAAAAAGCGUAUUUCUCAAUAAUGUUGUGAAAAAAUGUAGUUUAUAUCCCUGUUAGUGAGCAUUUCUCUUAUUGCCAAGAUAAUCCAUCCACUUGACAGGUGUGGCUGAUUUUAAAUAGCAUGAUCAUUACACAGGUGCACCUUGUGCUUGGGACAAAAGGCCACUCUAAAAUUUUAGUUUUGCCACACAACACAAAGCCACAGAUGUCUCAAAUUUUGAGGGAGCGUGCAAUUGGCAUGCUGCAGGAAUAUCCACCAGAGCUGUUGCCAGAAAAUUGAAUGUUAAUUUCUCUACCAUAAACCACUCCAAUGUCGUUUUAGAGAAUUUGGCAGUAUGUCCAACCAGCCUCACAACCGCAGACCAUGUGUAAUCACGCCAGCCCAGGACCUCCACAUCCGGCUUCUUCACCUGCUGCGGGAUCGUCUGAGACCAGCCACUCGGACAGCUGAUGAAAGAGAGUUUGCACAACCAAAGAAUUUCUGCACAAACUGUCAGAAAACUUCAGUGAAAGUUCAUCUGCGUGCUCGUCGUCCUCACCAGGGGCUUGACCUGACUGCAGGUCAACCAUUGAGCAUGUUUGGAAUGCUCUGAAUCAACGUGUACGGCUGCGUGUUCCAGUUUCCUCCAAUAUCCAGCAACUUCACACAGCCAUUGAAGAGGAAUGGACAAAACUCCACAGGCCACAAUCAACAGCCUGAUCAACUCUACGCGAAGGAGAUUUAUCGUGCUACAUGAGGCAAAUGGUGGUCAUACCAGAUACUGACUGGUUUUCUGAUCCACACCUCUACUUUUUCUUGUAUAUAUUUUUUAUUAAAGGUAUGUGUUACCAACCGAUGCAAAUCCAUAGAUUAGGGCCUAAUGAAUUCAUUUCAAUUGACUGAUUUCCUUAUAUGAACUGUAACGCAGUAAAAUCUCGUUGUAUGUUGCGUUUUAUUUUUGUUCAGUGUAUAUUUCAUUUUCAAUAUGUUUUUUUACUUUGUCAUGUUAUAGGGUAUUUGUACAUUUAAUUAUUAAUCCAUUUUGAAUUCAGGCUGUAAGACAACAAUGGAAUAAGCCAAAGGGCAUAAAUAACCUUUCUGAAGAUGCUGUAGGUCUUUACUGACACACUUGCACACAAACACACACACACACCAAUCCAUGAUCCUUAGAUGCCAGGACACCUCUGUUCCUCUUAAGAUGCCAUCCCUGUGUGUGACUGGAGACCAAUCACUCACUUACCGACUCCACGGAGGGAUGGCUGGGUUCGAUCCUCUCUGUCUAUCUCUCUGUUCUCUGGUGUGUGUUAUUUCCUCUGGUGUUUGUCUUCUCUCUGCACAGGGUGUUCUGCCUGCUCCUUUCCUCUCUCCCUGGCAGCGCUCUCACCAGGGGACCCUGCGGGCAUGCAUGCCCCACCACAGCAGACAGAGAGUGGAACAGCUUGUGCAUUACAUCAGCGAUACAGCGUGCCUCAAAUACUACAGCCUUCCAGGCCAUGGCCCAACAGGGUGCACCAAUCCCACUCCCAGGAAAGAUUAACAAACUCAGCCCACACCGAGGCCCCCAGUGAGCUGGCCUCCUCUAACCCUGGCUGUGGCUGGGGGGACAGUCUGGCCAGCAGGGCCCAGAACAGCUCCCGCUCUGGCCUGGCUUGCCCCAGCCCUGCUUCCACCCCUCCUGCUGGCUGUUUCCCUGGCUCAGAAGAACUUAGCCUCUUGCUCAGCACCCAGCUGAAGCUCAGUGACUCCGAGGGUCCGGAGGGCCAGACAUGUUCUCCUCCCCACCCUGGAUCAAGACUCAGGCUGGACUCAGCCAAAAGGAUCCCUCCACCUUGUCUCUCGCAGUCCCCCGGCUCUCUGAAGAAAGCCUCCAUCCCUAAGAGGCCACAUGAAGGCCCCACCACCACAACCACCACCACCCAGAUGUCCAUGGCAGGCUUCCCCAGGGUGGUGAGAGGAAUCCAGGGUAGGGGUGGUCUCAGGCCGGGCCACAUAGCUCCACAGUUCAGGCUGAGUCUGCUCCCACCUGCUUCCAGAGGUCAACCCUGCUACAGUUCCACACCCCAGUCAUCUGCCUCCUUUCUGGGCCCUGCCCUGCCCGCCUUCCCCCGGACCAGAGCACCCAGACAGACUCCAGGCCUCAGAGAACCAGAGAGUGGUGGUCUCAAGGCCAGAGGUCUAGGCCCUCCCACCCUCUUACGACUCCCCAAGCCAAAGGGCCACUGAUUGCUUUCUCUCAAUUCUCAAACAGUGCCCUCUAGUAAGGCCAUUCAGCACCACCCUCUACCCACUCAGACCCAAAAGAUCAGACUUCUUCUAGAGGCUUCUGACCUCCCCUUAGUAAGGUUACCAUGUCUACCCUGUGAGAAAGGAUGACAUGCAGACUUAUAAUAUAUAACCCAAAAUAAUAUUUUAUCUAACCUCUUCCAAUAAGAAUCACUCAAGGUCAGAAAAAAAAAUUGGCCCAUGUACACAUUUGAUAUCGUCUCAGACGAAGAAGUCAAGCAUAACACCAUAUUGUUUAUCCCCCCCCAAAAACACUUGCUUCAACACUAUCUGUACGCAGAUAAAUAGAUUGUUGUUUUUGUGAAGUUCUGUUUCAAAGUGGGAACUGGCAGGAUGCUUAACGUUAUAUUCCCUCCAGCCCCAACAAGCUACAAUUGCAACUUUACUUUCUGGCCAAAACUUUUCCCAAGAUAAUGAACAUGCUUAGGAACACUGUGUUAUCUGGCCCCAAUAUAGCAUUUAUUGUUACUUAUACAUACUCAGUUGGGUUGGACUUUAUAGGGCUUGACAUUAAUGCUUGUCUGCUUUCCCCCCCCAAAAAAUUGGUUAUGAAGAAUGAAGAUUUAAGUUGUCCGACUGGACAAGUAAAAGAAAAUGUUUAGUAUAAAAAAAAGUCACAAACAAUUAGGCGAAUCCGAUCAGAAUUGGAUCAGUGUCCUCCUAAUCUCUGCAGAGCGCUUUAGAGUAUAAUUAUUGUAGGCCUGCAUUGACUGGCACAAGCGAUCUUUCAAUCAUGCAGUCACGAGAUGCGUUUUUGAGAUCAAAGCAAGCCGCAUGUGCACAUGUUGAUAUUCAUUGCUAGUUAGUGAGUUAUUUGCCCAGUUAUAGCUCUUUUGUGGUCGACAAUGAAAAUGCUGGAAAAGUUUGCAUCACCUUGUCAGAGGAGAGCUACAUUUGACGAACACAAAUGUCGAACACAGUUGAUACGUGUGCACAGUUGAUGAAACCAAUUCUGCAUACUCCGGUUGUAAAACCGUCUCGCAAGCGCUAAAAUCCUCUCCUAUUCAAUGCUGGCCAUGUAUAAUACUGGCCAUGUAAUUCUGCCAAAGUCUAAGAAUAUAUAUUUUUAAAUAGCUUAAUUGACAAGUAAUUCCUAUGCUGUCAAGAUUUUCAUUGAACACUGAAUAUUUUAACCUUACAAAUAGAUAAACAAGUGACUUGAGCUUUCGGACAAGUAAAAAAACAGUUCAACUUGUCUGAAGGACAUGUGGCUAAGAAAGUUAAUGCCAAGCUUUACUUACUGAACAACUGCCUGUAUGUAGUGGUUGGGCUUAGUAUAACUUUGAUUUGUCUGUAGACGGGAACUUUAAUUUACCUGAUAUAAUCUCUGCGUAACUGUGGUAGAGGGAUUAAGGCAAUAUAACACAGUGGAACGGUUACAGGAACAGAGCAUCUCUUGACUUGAAGGGGAACAUUUGGUUGUAUAGACUAGAGAAUAUAGUUUGUUACUUCAGAUAUUGUCCCUCUGGCUAAACUGGGGGGGGGGAUUCUACUUGCUGAGUGAUGUUCUAAAGUCCCCCUUGCUACACAGCCAGUAUUAUGUCUCUCUCACAGGAGGUUGGUGGCACCUUAAUUUGGAGGGGGGCUGGAGAGGAAUCAUUGGAAUGGUAUCAAAUACAACACAUGGUUUAUGAGCCGUUAUCCCCGCAGCAGCCUCCUGUGUUCUCUGGUUUUGAAACACCUUUAUUAUUUCUGCCUUGUACCCUGAGAAUGCCUUACGUUUUUAAGUGCACUCUCAAAAGUAGCUGUAUGUUUCACUGUACCCUUCUGUCUGCCGAUAGUCUGUAUCUGUCUUUGUCUGUGUGGUGGUGCAGUUUGAUUGCGACACGGGGACAACAAAGAGAUCAGAGGAGCCAUCUUGUGCAAUUGGUGCUCUCUGAGCCACCUUUGUUCCCCCUGUGCUUCCAUCAUGAGCAGGUCUAGUUUGGUCUGUGGGUAGAGGGUCACCCACAUGCUACCUUAAUGAGGCUGCACCAGAGAAGAGCUCAGCCCAACUACACAGCAGACGUGCUUCAGGCCCAGGUCCCUGAAUAGAAGGGGACAGAAAGAAAGAUAAAUAAUUUCCUAGCAUGAAACAAUGUUGCUGGUGUAAUGCAGAGGCUGGCGGCAACUUCCACGUGAUUCCGUAAUGAUUCUGAGUCUGAUACAGUUGGCAUGGUAACACGGCUGAGUGGCACAGUGGAGGGGUGUGAGGAUGUCGAGUGGGUUACGCACACGCUCAGUGUGUCCCUGUCGACAGCAGGGCCAGGCAUGCUCCUUUGACAUCUGCUGAGACUUAACUCUCCAUUUUAAUUUUAAUUUUUUAUUGUUCACUACUACUUCUCUCACUCCUUUCUCAAGGUGAUAGACUUACAAUGAGUGCAUCACGGUGGGGCAGAGUGUCAAGGAGGAUGGAGAGGGACACAAUGACUCUCAUUUGCUUUUCUUCAAAGCCAUCAUGUCUAACUACUUCCUGGUCUGUUACUAUGUUUAGUCCUUGAGAGCUUUAAGUAGUAGCCAAUGGGCACCAUUUGUACCCUUGACCUUUCAGGUCCUUAUUUCCUUGACGUCAUAACUGAUCUUUUGAUCCCAAGUCAGUUGGCUGAGUGUACGUUGUAGAAUGAGCGGAACGUCACCCAGUCAAAACUAUCUCAAAGACUAGAAAUAAAAAUGCCUAUUUCUGUAACUUAAUUUGGCAUUUCUUCUUCCCCAGCUAAAGCUUUACAUGUUUUUCUAUGCAACACAGUUGUGCCCUAGUCAUGGAAGAUAAGUCACAGUGGUACAUUUAGUCAUGGGCAAUGAGCUGGUCGCCUCCAUGAACCCUUCUCGUUAUGGGCAUAUGUAAAGCCAGAUGUAAGUGUACUUGAUAUCUGAAACACUUGUUUUGCCGCCACCAAGUAUUUGUCUUCCCAUUCCUACAUGAUUGGAAGCCAUGCCCCAUAAUGGUCAUCACGAGCACUCACCUUAUACGUUUUUGUCAAGCGCUUUGAAGUGCUUUCUGCAGCAACCCUACAACGCAUGCGUACAACAUCACCCUGAUCUGAAUCUGCCUCGGGACCUGUUAAACGUCACCCCAAAUCAACUCUGCUGUUUGGAAUGCACGGCUGCUUCCAAUCCCACCCAGAUAAGAACUAAAUACUUUUUAUACAUUUGAUCUCUUCAAUGAUGAACAAACAAACAAACUAUUUGAGGUUUGUCGGGAUGAGGAAGAGAUUAAUUUAAUCAAUUCCUGUUUGACAGUCAGAGUCCUUGACUUAAAGGAUUUAGAAUGUUCAGGGGGAAGGAAUAUUUAGUUUUUAAUGUUAACAAGAUCUUAACAGAAGCCCUAACAUGUUUGUCUCUGAGAUAUUCUCACCCAAAACCCCCAAAAUAGGAGUGACUUAAAGUUAUUGAGAAGGGUUGAGACUUGUUAGUCAUGCAUUAUUAUUUUUUCGGUUGUCUAGCUUUGCUUGGCUUACCAUAUUAUGGUAUGUAGAUUAACAAAUGUCAAGUAAAUAACUUGCCCUCAAAAUGACUGCAUGGGAUAGCAUCACGUAGCAGUAUUCACCGUAAAGCACUCUUGCUGUUCUUGUGUAUUACAGAAGUGCCUGCUUUUGUGACUUCCUUUUCCGCAGUCCUGAACAUAACAUUUUGGUAUGUAGAUGAGUGUGGUUCUGGAGCUUGGUCCCACUGCCCGGCUGUGUUGCUGAAAGAGGAAGGAGGUCUGCCUUGGGUUCACAGGUGAUUCCCACUCCUUGCUGCAUCUGGCUAUCAGAUGUUAGAAUGCCAGCCUCACUUAGUAUUCACUGUCCCAGACUCACACAGACAACCUGUUCUGAUUGGGAAGGGCAAACCUGUUUGUCUGUCUCACUACAGAAGCAUCCUCUGUAUUCAAAAAGCAGGCCAAGCUAUGCUUCCAAUGUUGUCUCAGCUCUGACGUUUUGAAUUUCAAGUGUUCAGAUUUGCUUUGCUGCUCACAAGGACAAUGCACUCUGGUGUGCCCCCUUGUCCUUGUGAGCAGUCUUAAGUAGAUCUGCCGCUGUGCUGCUCGUCUUUUCACGAGUUUAGAACAAAUCUCAGUUUUUAAGCUCAUUUCACUUUUUUUCCUCUUAUUUUUUUUAAACUGGAAAUGUUGAAACAGUAGUUUAAUUCAUGAAAUUACAUUGUAAACAGUGGCAUGUGUUUGCUGCUCAUUACGAUCUGUUUAAUGUCCCUCAUUAUCUCAAAUGGCACCCCAUUCCCUUUUAUAGUGCACAAAAUUUGACCAGAGCCUAAUGAGCCCUUGUCAAAAGUAGUGCACUAUAUAGGGAAUAGGGUGCUAUUUGGAGUUGUCGCCCCCCCACCCACCAUUUCACAGAUGUUGGGGCCUAGAGUAGUCCCCGACCUUGUGACCUGCCAAGGAAAAAUUGGGCUAUCACUACCCCAGUUUUUUUAAAUGUAUACUUCUGGUCAGGUCACUUGGUAAUUAGAAAGUCCUGGCCACUUAUCUGAUGGACAGUGAGGACUGGGUUCAGGUCCAUAAUCUUCUGCUUUGUUGUCGUCUGAUAUCACUGCUGUGAACUUAAACGCCAUAACAUGAGUCUGUCUUGAAUACACUAAUCAAUAUGGCAGAUGUACUGUAUGACGACUGUUCUGUUUCUUUCGCCUCGCUAGCAUCACAUUGACUGUACAUUGUACUGUAUAACUUAUUUUCCUCACCUACGACAGGAAAUUAAAAUGGAGAGACUCUGCUCAGAGGAUCGGUUGUGUUUCCUCAUGUAUUUGUGUUUAUCUUCCUGCCACUUCUGUUUUAAUUCCAUGUUUGCUAUACUGUUAUUUAAUGUGCAAUACGUUAACGAUUGAGAGCAUACUGUUGUACACAAUACUAAUGAUUUAUGUCUAUCCAAUAUCUAUGUCUGUGUAAUUGUCACUGUGAGCUUGUCAAAAAAGAAACAUCUCAAUCUGAAAUGCACUUUAAAUGGUUGUGUUGAGACUGAAUAUGAAUGAAUGAACUUAAAUGUGUUGAACUACUUUUUGUUUUGAUUCUGCUCCCCACCCUUUUUGCUGUGAUCUCUCUGAGGCUACGGAGUGGCUGAGCGCUCAAAUAAAGACUGCACUCAAUCUA